CUCAGGGGCUCUGGCACCCCCGCAGAGCCAUCCCCGGCUCGGUCGGGUAAAUCCCGGCCCGUCUGGCCCGCCCCGUGGCUGCCCCCCGGUGCAGGUCCCCUGAAAGGAGCUGGAAGUGAUCUCCCACACGGAUCUGAAGGAGGAGCUGUGGUUCUACCCCCGCGCCCACCGAGGGAGGUCCGAGGCAGUGCUGAGCAGCACUUGCGCAGACUGAUCCCAGCAGUGGCCACAAUGCCAUCAGCCCUGGAGAGCCCAGAGGGGGGAGAGGAAGACAUUUUGCACUAUGAGGAAAUAGAAGAUGAUGCUGUCAGCCCCAUGGACCUCUCGGAGCUGCUGAAGGAGGGCACCAAGGAAUCGCACGACCGCGCGGAGAACACUCAGUUUGUCAAGGACUUCCUGAAGGGCCGCAUCAAGAAGGAGCUCUUCAAGCUGGCCACCGUGGCCCUCUACUUCACCUACUCUGCUCUGGAAGAGGAGAUGGAUCGCAACAAGGACAACCCACUCUUUGCUCCUCUCUAUUUCCCCGUGGAGCUUCACCGGAGAGAAGCUUUGGCCAAAGACCUCAAAUAUUUCUAUGGGGAAGAAUGGAAAGAAAAGAUCCAGUGUUCAGAGGCAACUCAGCAGUAUGUGGACAGAAUCCAUCACGUGGGACAGCAUGAGCCAGAGCUGCUGGUGGCUCAUGCUUACACACGCUACAUGGGGGACCUCUCAGGUGGCCAGGUGCUGAAGAAGGUAGCCCAGAGGGCCCUGAAGUUGCCCAGUACUGAGGAAGGGAUCCAAUUCUACGUGUUUGACAACAUUACCAAUGCACAACAGUUCAAGCAGCUUUACAGAGCAAGAAUGAAUGCUCUGGACUUGGACAAGAACACCAAGGAAAGGAUCGUGGAAGAGGCCAACAAAGCCUUCAGAUUUAACAUGCAGGUGUUUGAUGAGCUGGACAAGAUCGGCAGGUCGCUGGGAGAAGAAGCUCAAGAUGGAGGCUUUCCAGUCCACGAUGGGAAAGGAGACAUCCGCAAAUGCCCUUACUAUGCAGACAAACUGGGCACAGCAAGCCCUGGCUGCCCCUUCCACGCUGCCCUGGGCCUGGCCAGGCAGCCCCUGGUGCAGCUGGUGCUGGCAGCCUGCAUGGCCGUGGCAGCGGGAGCUGCAGCCUGGUACAUCCUGUGAUGGGCACCGUGUGGCUCUGCUGGGGGCAAGGGGAGAUGUGCCCUGCCUGCUUCCCAGCCUUUCCCUUGCUGGUGGUGAGUUGGCUGCAGAGUGGAGUAAGGAAAUAAACAGGAAUCCUGUGGGACUGUCCAAGCCUCCUUGCACACCACUGUAACGUUCUUUAGCUGACUAGUGCAUGGGACUGGUCAGUGCCAGGGGGUGAGGGCUCCACUGCAGCACUGCCCUGCCCAGGCUGGGGCAGCUUUUAAGGCUAGAGAUGUCCUGUCCUGUCCUGGCAAAGGCUUCACGUGCUUGGCUUUUCAUCUCCAUCCCCAAAGCAGUGUCUGGAGGGGGUUUCCUGCCCUGGGUUGCAUAUGCAGAAUGUGUCAUCAGCCUUUCAAACAACGAGCAUUUGCUUUCCUGCCCUGAGAAGCUGAGGCUGUGUCAGGGGGCUGUUACCUCAGAGGAGUGUCCUGUGCAAUGUCUGAGGAACCAAGUCUGACUCCUGUUGGAGGGAGCUCCCUGGGGAGGGGGGCAGGACCAUGGUGGAGUACAGAGGUGACAGAUGUGUAUUGUGCAACUUCAGGGUUGAGGGUUGGUUGUUGGUUAUUUUUCCUGAAGCCUUGACUGGAAUAAAAAAUUGCAAUGUUGUA